CCUGAGCCCGGGGAAAUGAGUUCACUCCUCCUCUAUCUGCUCUUUGUAGUCUUUUAUGCUGUGCUGAGGCUCGCCAGAUCUGAGGCUCUUCGGAGGAAGAGGACACACCGAAAGAAAAAGCAGAAACCAAAAGCUUUUGGGUGCUGUGAGGAAGAGCUGGAGGAGGCUGGUGCAUCUCUAGAGACAUGCUGCCCUGUGCACCCGAAGAAGCUCCGCUUGGCUCAGCACCUCAGGCUGGUUGAGAGGAAUCUACAGUACGUGGCCAGACACCUGGAUGAAGUUCUGAUACCGCCGAGUGUGUCGACAUCUGCCACGAGCCAGUUCUCCUACUCCUCUAGGGAAUCCACCACCUCUCCCCUCUGGAGUCCCAGCUCCUUUUCCCUGAGAGAAGCCGCCAUGAUUCAAUCAGAGCCCCUCUGCCACACGGGGGAGAUCAUGCCUGUCGGGGGCUGGGAAGGAUCCGCUAAUCCCAUCCAAGCCCAGCCUCUCACCAAGCCUCCUGCCCACAGCAGACGAGACCGGCGAGAGCAGACCAUGGGUCUGGACCAGACGUCAAUCCGUGGCUUAGACUUCAACAUCCGCCAGAAGCAUCUGCAGAGUCAACUGGGGGCUCCUACCCCAUACACAGAGUCGCUGGCCAAGAUGAUCCCUAACGUCCCUGCUCUGCACCCACCGGACAGAGACCCCAGGGUGAAGUUCAACAUGAGCAGGGUCCCUUUCCUAAGCUGUGAAGUCCUGGAGGAACUGGACUGUCACGUGCACACAAAGAGACUCCAGCAUGAGCAGGGCUUACCCCUCAGCCCCCAGAAACCCCACACAGCUCUUCUGCCUCCAGCUCCACAAACCCCCAUCCCGGGGGAGCCAUUGCUGGGUGAGCGGGACACCAAGCAGCAAUUGAUAUUAGACACAGAUCGGCCCAAAUGUGGAUUUCCAGCAAAGGUCCCGGAGCCACUCAGAUCCAACACCAGCCCUCAGCGUGCACAGGCGAUCCAGGAGCCAUGUGUCUGCCCCUCUGGGCCCCUGCCUCAAAAGGCCCACAGGAUCAUGGCAUCCCCUGAUGCCAUCCUGGCCAGGCUUGUGCCCACGGUGGUGGUCAAGCUGCAGGAACACAUUGCUCAGAAAUGCUCAGAGAUCCAAAUGGAGGCGUUCCCAAAGAUGGUGAGAGAGUCGCACAGAGAUGCUCCCCUCGUGAGAGAGACGGCAAUAGCAGAGAAGACGCUCACAGCCACACUCCACCUCUAUAGGAGCGAGUUGAGAAAGCCCCUUACCAGUGUGAGCGGCACCAAAGGGACUGAAGAGAAGCUGGAGCUGCACAUGGAGAGGAAGUUUCUCUUGGGAGAAGGCUCUUGUCUGGGGCCAGGGGCACAGGCAGGUGAGGGCAGGGCUGCACACGACCUGCAGCUGAAGCACCUGAUGGAAAUGUUGAGCAGCUCCCGCCCCUUGGCGGGCCAGGUCUCAGUCUGCCAGCAGUGCCGUAAGACAUAUCCAGGAAAGAUGAAGGGUAAGAAAACUCAGGAGGAGACAUCUGCUGAGCUGCAUGGUCUUCGAGACGACAUGGAUCCACAUGGGCUCGAUGGAACUGUGAAUUCGCAGCUCUUCAGGGAUCAGCUGCCAAUUAGUGUCUGCAAGAUGUGCAGCCCGCCUCAAGAGGAGAUUUGA